AAAUAAUGGACUUUCCUAAAAUAAUAAAGGGUGUUAACUUCUUUGGAGCAAUCCAACGGCCUAAACUAAGUACAAUAUUGGUCUGAAUUCUUAUAUUUAUUGGAAUCUGACAAUGUCGGAGACAACUUACAGCAACACAAUGAAAAUCAUGUUUAUCAGCGCAGAAUAAAUAAGUGGUGAACCCAAAGAGUUGAUUUUGACAAUUCACGGUGAUGUGAAAAUGAUGAUGAAAGUGAAUUAUGUGAAGGGACUGGCUUUUACCUCUGCUCUUCAAAUAUUGCCAAUUCCACGGCUGAUGAAGCCUUUUCUUCAGAGUUUUCAUCAAAUGCUAGGUCAUUUCUUUGCCCAACUGAUACAGCAGCAUGUGGCAGCCAGCUUCAAAAUAUUUCUGGGUUAGACCAGGAGGGCUAUUUCACCUCUAAUGAAAUCCCAAACUCGACAGUAUGAUGGUACAAAAUUGAGAUUCCUUUCAAUAAAGUGAAUACUCUCCAGGUUAACUUACACACUGCGAACAACUGUUACCUUGAGGUGUAUCGAUCCACUGAGGUUGGUAACUACACUCUUGAAGGAGAGAUUUAUGAGGGUGAGGAAGAAGAAAUUUGGAUAGGAUAUAUAGCAACUGCGUAUAUCCUUGUAGUUCCACUAUCUUCAGAUAGCUCGCAAGUUUCAUUUACCACAAAAGGUACCGAAGUUAUCAGCUCUGUUGAAACUACUACAUUGUGGAUUAUACUAGUCGCUCUAUUUGUCUCUAUCGUUGCAAUUGGUUUAAUAUCAUUUUCUGUGAUGAAAUAUAUAAGAAAUUGUGACCAGAGGAGGAUACCUGAGCAAGACCAAGAAGCAAGACAGCAAGUUUAUAUGGAUAAUGACAAUUCUUCAACGGUUUAUCCGAAUAAUAGGAAACAACAAGAAGGCAGGGAGGAUAUCUCAGCAAGGAACCAGAAGAAAAUUAUAGAAGGUCAUAUGAGAAGAGCCCAGGUUAAUCAGAAAUCUAUGAUUCGGUUAAAUAACAGUGAGGCUGGUGUACAAAGUCAACAGAUGCCUUAGUGUUUCCUGUAAAAAUCUAUUUACAUCUUAACAGGUGUAAAAAGCUUCUUUUAGCUAAUCGUAUAUACAAACCUCUAGCUAAAAGAAGUAAAGUAACUUAAGCUUUCUAUAACCACUCUUGGACUUAUUUUCUCCCAUUUGU